UUUCUCUAUAAAUAGGAUUCCAAUUCUUCUAUGUCAUAAUAAACUAUCACUCUAGUAAGUCUUUUAAACAAGCCAUCUAGACUAUGAAAACACCAACCAAAGUGAUGGGAGGACAUGUCUUGCUUACUGUAUUCACUUUGUGUAUGCUUUGUUCAGGGGUUAGGGCACAGCUAAGCUUUGACAUUUAUGCUAAAUCGUGCCCCAAUCUUGUGCAAAUUGUCCGUAGACAAGUUAUAAUUGCCCUGAAGGCCGAGAUACGGAUGGCUGCUUCCCUCAUUCGUCUUCAUUUCCACGACUGCUUUGUUAAUGGGUGUGAUGCGUCUGUAUUGUUGGAUGGAGCUGACAGCGAGAAACUCGCGAUCCCAAACAUUAAUUCUGCGAGAGGGUUUGAAGUAAUUGAUACAAUCAAAGACGCUGUGGAAAACGCAUGUCCUGGGGUUGUUUCUUGUGCUGAUAUCCUCACUUUGGCCGCUCGUGACUCGGUUUUCUUGAGCGGAGGGCCUCAGUGGAGAGUGGCAUUAGGAAGAAAAGAUGGAUUGGUGGCAAAUCAGAACAGUGCAAACAAUCUCCCAUCUCCUUUUGAACCUUUAGACGCUAUUAUCGCCAAAUUUGUAGCCGUAAACCUUAACAUCACCGACGUCGUAGCUUUAUCAGGAGCUCACACCUUUGGACAAGCGAAGUGUGCUGUCUUCAGCAACCGUCUGUUCAACUUUACCGGUGCGGGAACUCCUGACGCAACACUUGAGACAUCACUGUUGUCUAAUCUGCAAACAGUUUGUCCCCUUGGAGGAAAUAGUAACACAACAGCGCCCCUUGACAGGAACUCUACGGACGCCUUUGACAACAAUUAUUUCAAGAACCUACUCGAAGGGAAAGGUCUUUUGAGCUCUGAUCAGAUUCUGUUCUCGAGUGAUUUAGCUGUGAACACAACAAAGAGACUAGUGGAGGCUUAUAGUCGGAGCCAGAACUUGUUUUUCAGGGACUUCACAUGUUCGAUGAUCAGAAUGGGAAACAUUGCAAAUGGAGCUAGUGGGGAGGUUAGGAAGAACUGCAGGGUUAUCAAUAAUUAGCAUGUGUGUGUGUUUUCGAUUUUCAGUUAUGUUUGGGAGUUGAUCGGUCUCGUCUGUAUCAGAAUGAUCACGUGUGUAAUAAUAAGAAUUAAUGUGGUUUGCUGGUCUGUCUAAUUAAAAAAUGAUUUGGUAAA